GCCACCCUCGCCUCGGCCGGGGCGUCCGGCCUCCGGCGCUUUGACUCGGGAGCCCCUCCACUUUCCGUUACGUGCCACGAAGCCGGAUCGCCGGGCGUCGCUUUCGCUGCGAGUUGGCACCCCCCUGCCCCGUGGAUCCCACCCCCCACCCCCUCGGAGGGACCCUCCGUAUGCGGGCACCGCCGAAGGAGGUCAGCCUUGGCGUCGGCCGCGGGCCGGCCUUUCUCCGGGCGACGGCCCAACGCUCCGCGCAGGUCGAUGCCGGGAGAAUGCAGGUAGCCCCGCCGGCCCGGUGCCGGCCGCCCAAAAGUUGUGGGCUGGACCCCCUUCGACCCGAGCCCGGGUGGAGGGACCCGGGCGUGAAGGACACGGAAGCCUAGCGGGUGUGGACCUGAACUCGGAGCGGAAAAAUGUGAAGCACGUGUUCGGGCCGAGACUUAUUGUUUAAGACCCCGUAAUAUAGCAUUUAAAGGAGAAGUGAUGAAACACACCCAGUUGCCGGCCCCCGGGGAUAGUAAGAACAGGAUGACUGAGAACCUGAAGGACUGCUUGGCCCAGACCCAGGCUUCCAUGGGGGAGAUGGUGACGGUGAAGACGGAGGUCUGUUCCCCACACCGGGACCAAGAGUAUGGCCAGCCGUGCUCUGGGAGACCUGACCCCUCAUCUAUGGAAGUCGAACCCAAGAAGCUGAAAGGAAAGAGGGACUUGAUCAUGUCCAAGAGCUUCCAGCAAGUGGAUUUCUGGUUCUGCGAAUCCUGCCAGGAAUACUUUGUGGAUGAGUGCCCGAACCACGGCCCCCCCGUCUUUGUCUCCGACACCCCGGUGCCCGUUGGCAUCCCGGACCGGGCGGCCCUCACCAUCCCACCUGGCAUAGAGGUGGUCAAAGAGGCCAGCGGGGAGAACGACGUGCGGUGCAUGAAUGAGGUCAUCCCCAAAGGACACAUUUUCGGACCGUACGAGGGCCAGAUCUCCACCCAGGACAAGUCGGCUGGCUUCUUCUCCUGGCUGAUCGUGGACAAGAACAACCGCUACAAGUCCAUCGAUGGGACAGACGAAACCAAAGCCAACUGGAUGAGGUACAUAGUCAUCUCCCGAGAGGAGAGGGAACAGAACCUGCUGGCGUUCCAGCACAGCGAGAGGAUCUACUUCCGGGUGUGCAGGGAUAUCCGACCCGGGGAGCGGCUGAGAGUCUGGUACAGUGAGGAUUACAUGAAGCGGCUGCACAGCAUGUCCCAGGAGACCAUUCAUCGCAACCUGACCAGAGGAGAGAAGAAACUACUGAGGGAGAAAACUGACAAGGCUCCAGAGAGCCAAGAGGACCUCCGCGGUCCCCUGCAACUCACAGUGCUGAAGCAAGGCAAGAGCCCCUACAAGCGGAGCUGUGACGAAGGGGAUGCCCAUCCCCAAACCAAAAAGAAGAAGAUCGACCUCAUUUUCAAGGAUGUGUUGGAAGCCUCGCUGGAGUCUGCCAAGAUAGACGAGCAUCAGCUGGCCACCAGCACCCCUCUGGCCUUCAAGAAAAUGCCCAAGUUUCAGGCGGAGGACGUGUUUGAACGGUGCGGGGCGAUCCUGCCCCAUGGCACCCAGAGCUUUGGGCGGACCCACAGCGAAGGGGAUUGGAAGCUAGGCCACGGGACACCGUACGGCCCUUCCAAGGAGAAAGGCCUGCUAGAGGAGGACCAGGGGGAGCCUUCGCCCAUCAAGGUGGACAGCCCAACGGAGGCCUCCCUCACGGGUGACAGCCAGGAACUUCCCACCACCUCCUUCUGCCCCAACUGCAUCCGACUGAAGAAGAAGAUCCGGGAGCUCCAGGCGGAGCUGGACAUGCUGAAGUCUGGCCAGCUGCCCGAGCCUCCCUUAGUGCCACCUCAGGUACCCGAGCUGCCAGAGUUCUCAGACCCUGCAGCCUCAGAGAGCCUGGUCUCCAUCCCAACCAUCCUGGAGGACGACGACCCAGAGGUGGAUUCGGCCGACGAGUCGGUCUCCAACGACAUGAUCGCCGCGACAGACGAGCCCUCCAAGAUGUCCUCGGCCACGGGCCGCCGGAUCCGCCGCUUCAAGCAGGAGUGGCUGAAGAAGUUCUGGUUCCUGCGCUACUCGCCCACCCUCAACGAGAUGUGGUGCCACGUCUGCAGGCAGUACACCGUGCAGUCGUCCCGCACGUCGGCCUUCAUCAUCGGCUCCAAGCAGUUCAAGAUCCACACCAUCAAGCUCCACAGCCAGAGCAACCUCCACAAGAAGUGCCUGCAGCUCUACAAGCUCCGGAUGCACCCGGAGAAGACGGAGGAGAUGUGCCGCAACAUGACCCUGCUGUUCAACACCGCCUACCACCUAGCCCUGGAAGGCCGGCCCUACUUGGACUUCCGGCCCCUGGCCGAGCUCCUGAGAAAAUGCGAACUCAAGGUGGUGGACCAGUACAUGAACGAAGGGGACUGCCAGAUCCUCAUCCAUCACAUCGCCCGGGCCCUGCGGGAGGACCUGGUGGAGCGCAUCCGGCAGUCGCCCUUCCUCAGCAUCAUCCUGGACGGGCAGAGCGACGACCUGCUGGCCGACACCGUGGCCGUCUACGUCCAGUACACGAGCAGCGACGGCCCCCCGGCCACCGAGUUCCUGUCCCUGCAGGAGCUGGGCUUCUCCACCACCGACAGCUACCUGCAGGCCCUGGACCGGGCAUUCGCCGCGCUGGGCGUCCGGCUGCAGGACGAGAAGCCGACGGUCGGCCUGGGCGUGGACGGGGCGAACGUCACGGCCAGCCUGCGGGCCGGCAUGUUCAUGACCGUCCGGAAGACCCUGCCCUGGCUGCUCUGCCUGCCCUUCAUGGUGCACCGGCCCCACCUGGAGAUCCUGGACGCCAUCAGCGGGAAGGAGCUGCCCUGCCUGGAGGAGCUGGAGAACAACCUGAAGCAGCUGCUGAGCUUCUACCGCUACUCGCCCCGCCUCAUGUGCGAGCUGCGGCUCACCGCCGCCACCCUCUGCGAGGAGACGGAGUUCCUGGGGGACAUCCGGGCCGUGAGGUGGAUCAUCGGGGAGCAGAACGUCCUCAACGCCCUGAUCAAGGACUACCUGGAAGUGGUGGCCCACCUCAAGGACGUCAGCGGCCAGACCCAGAGGGCCGACGCGUCGGCCAUCGCCCUGGCCCUCCUGCAGUUCCUCAUGGACUACCAGUCCAUCAAGCUGAUCUACUUCCUGCUGGACGUGAUCGCCGUGCUGUCGCGCCUGGCCUACGUCUUCCAGGGCGAGUACCUGCUCGUCUCCCAGGUGGACGACAAGAUCGAGGAGGCCAUCCAGGAGAUCAGCCGGCUGGCCGACUCCCCCGGCGAGUACCUGCAGGAGUUCGAGGAGAACUUCCGGGAGAGCUUCAACGGUGUGGCCGUGAAGAACCUGCGGGUGGCGGAGGCCAAGUUCCAGUCCAUCCGGGAGAAGAUCUGCCAGAAGGCCCAAGUGAUCCUCGCCCAGCGGUUCGACUCCCGGAGCCGGACCUUUGUGAAGGCCUGCCAGGUCUUCGACCUGGCCGCCUGGCCCAGGAGCUCCGAGGAACUCGUGAGCUACGGCAGAGAGGACAUGGUGCAGAUCCUGGAGCACCUGGAGGCCAUCCCCUCGUUCUCCCGCGAGGUCUGCCGGGAGGGGGCGGAUCCCCGGGGGGCCCUGCUGACGGAGUGGCGGGAACUCAAGGCCGACUACUACACCAAAAAUGGCUUCAAGGACCUGAUCGGCCACGUGGGCAAGUACAAGCAGAGGUUCCCCCUCCUCAAUAAGGUCAUCCAGAUCCUCAAGGUCCUCCCCACUUCGACCGCCUGCUGCGAGAAGGGCCGCAGCGCCCUCCAGCGGGUGCGCAAGAACCACCGCUCCCGCCUGACCCUGGAGCAGCUCAGUGACCUUUUGACCAUCGCUGUCAACGGGCCUCCCAUCGCCCACUUCGAUGCCAAGCGGGCGCUGGAUAGCUGGUUUGAGGAGAAGUCCGGCAACAGUUACGCGUUGUCGGCCGAGGUCCUCAGCCGGAUGUCCUCCCUGGAUCAGAAGCCGAUGCUCCAGAGCGUGGACCACGGGUCGGAGUUUUACCCCGACAUGUAGGAAGCGAUCGCCUCGGAUUACGCCAAGCUGUUGAAUAAUUUUUUUUUAAUCUAUACUCUUAAGCUUUGAUAUAUUAUAUAAAAAUAUAUAUAUAUAUUAUAUAUAUAAAAAAACCCACACUGAAAAUUUUAAAAAUUAAGGUGACGUGCAUCCGACAGAAGCUACUUCGAGUUUUCAGAAUGGGAUGAUGUUGGAAACAGACUGAUGUCCACAAAACAUGGCAGCUGCAAUAUACGUGGCAACUCAUUUUCACUCACUGAAGCAUGUGCUGGGGCCAUAUGUGUUCAAACCUAACAAUCAACCGACCGUAUAAGCUAAAAUGACGGGUCUCUGUCAACCACCUCUUUGGUAGCUCACUUUGUGUUGUUUUCGGUUGUUUUUUUUGUUGUUUGUUUUUACGGUCUUUUUUUUUUUUUUCCUCCGUUCAUGUGUUUGGUCCAGUGCAAACCCGAGUCCUGAUUUCCACUCGAGUGACUGAGGAGUCUGGACUGGGGGUGUUGUUCUUCUCUCCUCCCGCCAUCCCCCUUCCGGUCCCCAUCCCCUUCUCGACUUCAGUUUGGGACUUUUCUUGUCUAUUUCCUUAGUUUUCUCCCUUCUUUUUGCUGCCUUAGAAUCAAGAGUGUCAGCAAAACUGUGACGGUCCCUUCCCUCGCCUCCUUCGCCUCCGUGUUCCCCCCUCCUCCUGUCAGGAUGGUGAGUAAGACCCAGGGGUUCAAUCCCCCAGGCUCUCAAGUUACCCCGUGGCGAGAGGCAUCCCGCAGAUUGAGCUAAGAUUGUGGGGGAAGCGCAAGGGGCUUCUCUCCGCAUUUACAUUUUGCUGUUGUAAGGAUAAAGGAGAUGGAACCAGGGCUACUGGGCCAGCUGGUUAAACAGCCAGCAGUUCGAACCCCAGUAAGGGGUAGAGAUUUGGGACUGGAAGCAAAAAGCCAACACAAAUUAUAGUAUAAUGUACCUGAAUAAUUUAUGCUCUGUCUUCAUAAUCAAAAUGGGUUUUUUUGUUGUUGUUUGUUUUGUUUGUUUUCAAUGAGCAAGGAAACACCUGCUACUGUUCUGAAGCAGGGGAGAAGCAAUGCGAGAUGUGUACUGGGUUAGUCUAAUAAGAGUCUCCUUAGAGGUUCAUUUAUUCUCUGGUGACCAAGGAAUCUGUUCCACAGCCUGGCCGGUUGACAGUGGUAAAGUGGACACCCUACCUAUUCCUGGGAAAUUUUCUUUCUUCCUUGAAGGGUGGAAAUGUCCAAAAGAGAAUGAAAAAGCGCAACAGGAAUCCCGGAGCCCCUGCGUGACCAUUUAUGCUUAACAGUGAAUAUGUAAUCGGCCUUGGAAAUAGCUACCUGACUACUUAUCCAGGGCCAAUGCCAAUCUAUGCCAGGUGAGUAGAAAAGACCGCGGAUUCGUUUGACUGCCAGUAGUGUCACCCCCAUGGGGAGGUUUUUUAAAAAAAAAAAAAAUAGGGGCUGAUCCGUUUUUUGGUGCUGAUUUGCAAGGCUGAUAUGUGCAGAUUUAAAUCAGGAGUCCAGGCUGUCUGUCCUACGGGAUACACGUCAAAUUGGGGACCCGGCUAAAAGUAUCCAGGAUCAAAUCUCUGCUGAUGCCCGGGCCUUCCCGGAAGUGUUAGGGGCCCAGGGUUGGCCUGGCCUGCCCGCCAGCGGGAGCCUGGAGCUUCCUUCCCUGCUAGGAAGGAAGCCAGGCCUGCGGGGUUUCCUGUUCGCUUUCCCACUUCUCAGCGGACCUGGCCCUGGUGCCAAAGCUGUGUUUAGAACCAUGGUGGAGAUGUCAUCAACACUGAACCUUUCAUUCUCCUCCCUCUUCUCCUCUCCUUUUCCCCUCCCUCCCACCUUCCCCCUACCCCUACCCCUUGGUCUUGGUGCUAAGAUAACUAGAACCGUUGCUGCUAGGCAAUAGCUUUUCAUGAUAUAAAUAUAUAUAUAUAUAUUAUUUUUGAAACUUUUUUGUCAUUUUCAACAGUGAUGUAGCAUGUUUUUCCAAAACCGGUCUCUCUUUCUCUCUCUCUCUCUCUCUCAAUAGUCCCACUGCCAGGUCUUGUAUGCUGCCUUCUAUGAUAAAUCAAUGCACCUCUGCCUGGCUUCCACCCAGUCUCACCCCGCCCCUCACCCCUCACCUGUCCUGACCCUCUCUAGAAUCGAAUGGGUCGGGCAGGAACCAGCACCUUGGAGCGUGGGCUCUCUUUGUGGUGACCUUUAGCUCCAAAACCUAAGUCAGAUCCUCACCCAGGCCACCUGCCAGGCUUAAAGCCAAUCUUCUGCUUCUCCACGUUAAACGUGUGCUCUGAAGCGUUGUGGCAAAGUGGUGAACAAUUGAAAGCACUAUAUCCAAUUGCCCUUCUACCCUGCUUCUUCAAGAAGAAAACACACGCGCACACACACACAUCCACACACCCCACCCCACCCCAACCUGGGCAUUCCACCCAGUCCCCGAGGGAAGGAUAAAGCAAGUAGGAAGGGUAAUGGAGAGAGAGCAACGUGUUACCUUCUUCCUCACCUUCCUCUCCACUCACUUCCCCCGCCCUUCCGCAUCGCGACCCAUUUGCCAGUUUUGAGCGGGAUUAUCGCCUAACCUGAUUGCAAACCACUUGUUUUCCCAUAAGGAAGAGAGGACUCUAAGUUCCGUCAUGGGAACCAACCCAACGUUAGGUCAGUCCCGAUGGUGCUGACCGUCUCGGAUGUCCUACCCACAAGGCUGCAGAUACCAAUAAGCUACAAUCCCCACCUUAGCUUCCCUGGAACUGACGUCUCUAGUCCACUCCAGGUUGGAGCAAAUUCUCCAGGCCCGCUGCGGUCUAGACCCGAACCUCUGGGGCUGGGCCAGAACCAGGGGUGGAGGGCCAAAGUAGGGAUUACCCAGGUGCAACCUGCUCCAUGUCAGAUGCUGCUCUCCCUCUCUUCCCCCUUCCUCCCUCCCCCCUCUCCGGGAUCCUCCUCACCGUUAGGCAAGUUUCACUCAUGCUCCAGUAGGGAUUUCAGACCACGGGCUGGCCUGGAAAGCCUCUCCAACUCCAUCACUCACCUCUUUGACUUCUCUGAGCUUCAGCUUGGCCGAAGGCCCAAAGACUGUACGGAGGUUAUGGUGCCGGAGGAGUGGGUGGCAGCUGGCUGGCCCCAGCUGACUCCUAGGGACCCUCUGCCGUUUUGGCUGUAGGAAUAACUAACUGGCAGAGGGACCAGAGGCCCCAGAAGGUUGACUGAUGUUGGGAUCGAAUUUCUUGCCUUUGUCCUGGAAGUUCUGCUUGAGAUUCACUUCUUUCUGGCUCUAGCCCAGUGAAUUCUCUUCGUCCGCUAUACCCUGUGGGUAUUUCUCACUCCUCAGCCUCUUUGUGAAGGGCUAUUUGGCUGAUGCGCACCUUGGUGUGAGUUGCCCGUGGCACAGGAGACAAGGGGAUUCUCCCUCCUGGUCAUCAAACCUCAGUUCAACUGGCAUCAAAAGUAUUUACAGCCCCUGCCUCAGGGAUGUCACCAUCACCCCCGAUAAUCCUCAUUGAUUUCCACAAAUCUGCCUGGCCAGCGACUUAGGUGGCAGAUGCACUGGUGGAGGAGGUGGGGGACAAUCAUGGCUUUCAAGUUUCUUUCAGGGGAUUUCCAUAGGGAAAAUCCCUGAGAAGAAGCUUUGCAUUUAGAACAAAAGUGAAAACUUGGGCCCCCUCCUCCCCACUCUCAUUUUAUCCCCAAGAGAGACUUGGAUUUGGACUCCAAUGUUAUGAUCUUUGUGGAAUGGGAAGUGCUUCUUCCUGUUGACGGGGUUUUGGCUUAGACUCGCCAAAGGGAGUUUAGCGAAUGGAUUUCUCUCAGGGUGACUUGAGGAAUUCUUUCUAUUUCAAAAUGAGGCAGAAUGGUGCCAGAGAUCCAAAGAAAAUCACCUUCACUUAAGCUGUCUAUUCCUGAAAACUGGAAGAAAAUAGAUCCAUUGUGCAUCUGUGAAAGACAAGGACAGAUAAGUCUGAAUGUCCAACCAAACUUAAGAUGGGAUGUUUCAGAACCUCUCUUUGGGAGAUAUUCUCCAGGGUGCCCCAGGAUGGAAGGGUAUAUACAGAGUCCUGAAAUAUCAGCCGGUUGACUGCAAAUGUCAGGAAGCAAACUGACCCUCUGGCCCUCAUCCUUGCUUUGGGAAGUGGAUUCUCACCAUGGCUGUCGUGGGAGCUAGUCAGUCCCCUAAGCUUAGAAGUUGGGAAUCAAGGAACCUGAUUAUUGUCUUGUGAAACAAAGCCUUGGGCUUGAUCGAGGCCUCCCCCUUCCCUUCCCCCCUCCCCCGACACACACACACACACACACACCGUGUUUCAGGCCCGGUCUCUGGUUUCAGAACGUAGGUUUAUUUAAUUUUUUAGAAUAAGUUAAGCUGAGGGACUAAGAAGCAAUGUCAGAAAGGGAAUGGGAGCAAGAAGUUAGAGUGGCCAGUGAGGGACAGCAGAGGGUGUCAGUUUUCAACCUGGAAGCAGAGCAAGACCCCUGUUUCCACUAAUGGACUUGAUUGAAACUGAUGAGGCCUUGAGCUUGAGUAGGGGUCCUUGUUGUGGUCUGAGAGACUCCUCUCCCUAUCUGCGGGACACAACCUCAGACUCGGGAGAAUGGUCUUUCUUUGGCUUGGAGGACAUAUAGUGAAAUCAGGGAGCAUUUCCAAACACUCUCAGCUCUGCUUUUUCUUUCCCACCUUAUAAUUCCUUCUGCCUUCCAGCCAGGCCCCCUCUUCUCCAUUUUUCUCCUUCCCCUGGAGCAGGAAUGAUUUGGAGCCCAUUGUGUUCCCCUGGGAGAGCCUGUCCCCCCCACCCCCCUCAUAUCCGUCCCCGGUAGCUUGGGAGGGAACCUUUAAGCAACUCCCUAGACACAGCCUGGGAAGCCAUUUGAAGGACCAGGUAGAUCCAGAAGCCCCAACGCAGCUGAAUCAGAGCCUUUGGGCUCCCCAGGCACGGGAGGGUGUAAAGGCACUUGGGUCUGCUGACCCAGACCACCCGGGGUGGGGAGGGUCCUGUUCUCUGCUGGGCUCUAGAGCUACUUCCUAGAAUCCUCAGGCUGGAAAACAUUUAGUCCAUUCUUCUGCCCCUGGGGAAUAUUCCCUUUGUUCUACUUGUCUGGGCCUCGUUCUUCGAUCCUCGGGGGCAUAAGGGUCUCAGCAGCCUCAUCUUUGGGGUGGGCGGUGGGGGGGGGGGGGGGGCGUUAGAAAAAAAGAUAUCCUUUUUGGAAAGAAAACGGUACGUAUCUCCCUUACCCGCCCCGUUCCCUACCAAAUGGUAUAUCACCCUGGUAAUGCCUAUGCAAUUCAAGUCUCCCUAGGAGACGCAUAGAGUGUGUGCAUGUAUGCAGGGGUAUGUGCAGUGUAUAAUACAGAUGCAUUUGGUAUAUAUAUUGUAUAUUCGGUCAUAUACAGUACGUAUACACACAGAAUAAGAGAUUAAAUCACAUCUAUAUAUAUCUAUAAAUAAUAUCCUCUAUAUUUAUACAUUUCUAUGUUUUGAAUAGAUAUAAAAAUAGAGUCUAUUGAGAGGCCGGGACACCUCCGGGAGAGCCCAUCUUUGUGUUAGAGUGAGUUGGGUGGCUUUUGUCUGGGAGGAGCACAAACUCCCCAGGAACAUGUGAGCUUUGGAGAGAGAGAGUGAGAAUGAGAGAGAAAGAAGGAGAGAGAAAGAGAGAGACAACAGAGAGAGAGAGAGAGAUGGGAGUUUUGAGCCUGGGGCUCUUGCCUCAAGAGAUUAGAACAACUGCAGGACCAGAGGCUGCAUUGUUGAGGUGCAUUCCAGCCGAGAGUCCUGGGCUCCCAAGGUGUCCCUGCCUCCAGCUCUUUAUUACCCCCUUUUCUCCCAUUCCUUGGACUAGUCUGAGGACUGACAGACACUAAGGUGACAUAUCCUGCUUCUCUUCCCUCUCUCCCGUCUCCAUACUUCCCCUCCCUCUCCCCACCCCCUGACAAGCUUAGUGUCAUCGGCCCAGGUACCCCGUGCCUCGUGGCUGCCGCGGACAACAUUACCCAAAGCUCUCUGAGGAAGAGAGGAGGGGCGCGGGGUGGUUGUUCCAGGGCCCAGCCACCCUCCCCGCAACCCAGUCAAGAACGGCAAACAGCAGGGGAGCGGGCAGGCUGAGCCUUAGACCCGAGAGUGCCCUCCUUCCCAAGAGACCACAUCCCCCACCUCCUUGCUGCUUUUCAAGCAGCCUUGGCCUCACUUACCCACUUACUGUAGAGUCUUCUCAGGUGACCGGAAAGGUCAGGGGAGGCAGCUGAGCAAUCACUGGCUGACCGUCCUGGCGGCACAGAGGUGUGCCGGGCCGGAGACGGAGACGCCUGCUGCUUGGGUGGGGUAGAGAUGCCCACGAGAUGCCCUCAUUGGGAAUUGAGGCUCGCACCCAGGGCUUCCUCCCCAUGACCUUUGCACAGCAGGUGCUGCUGGCCACAGGGUGGCACCUCCCCCCCGACCCCCUUACCUCCUUCCUUGAGGGGGACCCCCUCCUCCGGGCAGGUUUAGUUCAUUUACACUGUUCAGAUUCUGUGACAAAACUUCCGCUCUGCAAGGCCCACAGCCGAGCCCGUGCAGCGCAUAGGUUCCCGUGGCAAAGGGUCCCUUCCUCUUCUCUAACCUCAUUCCCUCCUCCCGGCGAGGGGGAGUCGGCUGGAGCGGGGGGCGGCUAUCAGGGAAAUAGCGCAGACGAAGGGCUCGUCCGGCCCCGACGGGAAUCAAGGGCCCGUUAAACUUCCCACUUCUCUUUCCGUAUUUAUCUUCUAGGGGCAGGGGUGGAGGGGAUGGGGUUGGAUGAACUUGGGAAGUCACUCAGGGGAGGGGCUGGUGUCAGGGACGGUCAGGUGGGCGUGGAGGAAGACUAGGCCAUCCUCCAUCCUCCACAACCCUAAGUCCUUGCCGCAGCUCAGCCCGGUGCACCACCCCCGACCAGGUGGCCUCCUCCAACCCUGGCCCUCCCCUGGCCCUCCCCUCACCACCCCCCACACCCCUCACAGUUCUACCAAUGUACCUCAGCCUCCAAUGGAUCCCCACCACAACUGCAAUCCAGGGUCCUGGAAUCUUCCCUCCAAUCCACUCACCUCACCGGCUCCGCUAAUGUCCGCCUCAUCCUCUCUCUGUCCGACCCACUCCCCCGGGCAGCCUUGGUUUCUGCCGGAUCCGGGCUUCAGAAGCAAGCCAGCGCUCGGCCUGGGAGACCGAGCCUAGCUUGAAGCUUCUCGGUGGGACCUGUCACAUCUCUCCCCGAGAAAUAACAACCGAUCAAUCCACCAGGCUUCCAAAGCCAGCCAGGCUGGUAGGAAAAAGUAGCUCCCUGGGGAGAGCAGGUCUUUAUGCCCCACACCUCAGAGUCAGGAGGCCCCUCUGGGCUAGCCAGAGACCCCAGUCCCCCUGGAGCUAGAAAGGAAGAUUUGGGGUGGGGGCUUUGUAAAACUGACUUAAAAAAAGAACUUUUGGCACCGAGUGCCUCGAAGCUCCCGAAUAGUCUUUACUUUUGUCUCCUGGGGAGAGCCGAGAGUUAGAUUUUGUACUUUCAACUCCGUUCUCUCUCUUCCCCCUCCACCCCCCCGCCCCGUCCCAACAACUACGCUGCUGAACCGUUAGUUUCAAUCACAAAGGAAAAAACAGGGGGGGAGUAUUUAGAAGUCUAUUAUUACAUAUGUAUUAAUAUGUUAAUAUCACCUUUCGAUAAAAAAGAAACAACUUUCAAUGUUAUUACUUUGCAGACUAUGCUUUAUAGUACCUGUGUGAAGGGCCCUAGAACACUGGAUACAAAUAGAGCUAUGUUGGUAUAUCAUAGUAUGUACACGGAUACUUUCCUUUUGUCAUAUUAUCCUUGUAAUGUAAGACGAUUGUUAAUAAAAUCAUUUCGAUUUA